AUGCCAGUGGUGGCUCAGAAAUUCCGCCCGCUCAAGCAGGCGAUACAGGCGCCCCAGGCCAUCCAGACAGAGACUGUGCAGUCCCAACCCCAAUCGCAGUCCCGGUCACAGCAGCAGGCGCUGAAUAGCACCUCGCUCACGGCCGCCAGUAGUCUUGCCGCCAUCAAAGCUACGGUUGAAAUCGCGCUGGGCUCUAUCGCGUAUUUGCGCUCCUUUCUUCCCGAGGAUCACUUCGACAGCAAGGAACUUACCUCCCUCAAGCACCCUUUUACCGAGGAUGGAGUCUCAUCGGCCCCUGAUGAGGUCGCCAGUAUCAAGGUCAUGAAGAUCAAGAGUGGAUCGAGCGCAGAAGGUGAUGCCUUCCUCAAGUACUUUAACGAGGGAGUCGUGGACGCUCUCGAGCGCAGUUACCUGAAGAGCAUGGUUCUUUUGGUCCUCCUUGAUCCAGUCAAUGACCCCAAUAAUAUUAUCGAAUCGUACACCUUUGACUUCACCUACAGCACCGAUACUGAGGGCCCAUCGAUUGCCUUUAACAGCUCCCAAAAGUCCGUCAGUUCUACGUCUAGCUUCUUCCUUCCCCAAACGGUUCCGGAGUUGCGCCUCGCGAUCCGCAGCUUCAUGUACAAGUUGAUUCUGGGCCUCCAGGAGCUUGACCCACUCCCCCGUCACCGCUAUGUGGACAUCAAGCUCGUUUACCGUGACGAUACGCCUCUCGAUUACGAACCACCCCAAUUUCACCCAAACCCCGAGACGGAACGUCUCUUCAUUGCCUCUCACAACCGUGAUGAAGUGCCAAGGGCAGUCGAGGGCGGCACGCUCGACACACCGGACAUGGGUUUCUCCGUCACUGUUCUGUCAGCUGCGUCGUUCCUCCCUGUCAACAACGCAGGAGGGGUGGUCGAUUUAAACACUCAACAGGCCAUGUACAAUGCACAGCUCGAAGACAGCAAAGCUAGGCGUGUCCACUGGGAUGCCCAGACGCUCGCGCUUCAUGCUGACCAACCAAUGGAGCGCAAAGGGCGCACUGCCCACAAGGCUGCGCAGGUGGUUAACCAGAUGAGCGACUCGCUUGAGAUGGCUCAGGAUACUGAUCGUCCUGCCGAGUGUGCCACGAAUGAGAACGAUGUGGCAGCCAACUUCUUGCCCGUUGCAGCUCCGCCUCACGCUGCUGAGAACCAAGCCCUUGGCUCGUCAGGCCCAUCGUCGCCCAUGAAGCGCAGUUCAAACAAGAAGACUGCCAAGAAAACAAACACCAAACCUAGGACCUUGAAGCCCCAGAUAAUCAAGGCUCAACCAUCCCACACGCCCCAGAUGGUAAAGACCAAGACGGUCAAGCUUAAGCCCACGAAGUCUCCUGGCCAAUCCCGAGCUCAGCGCAGCCGUUCUCAGUCUGUCCUUCCUCCAGGCAUGAUCCAUGUGGAUGAUCCACUGGUCCGCAAGUUCAUUAGACAGAAGAUCCCUGCUUCUCCCAAGAUUGCGAGGGCAGCACCUACCAAUAUGGCCGAAGCCGCUACCAGGGCAGACCGUGCGACACCUUCGAUGCCGCCGCCACCAACCCCCAUUGCUACGCCGUCGGCCCCACCCCUCUGCUCAUUCUCCACCAAGGUCGGCAACUCGCGGACAGUCCUGUCCAGUAUCGAGGCCAAGGUGGAACUCAAGGACGAUAUAACACAUCCCACUGUGUCUGACAAGAAGAGGGGUAAUUCGGGGGACGAUGAGGCGGCAAAGAAGCGACGCGUCUUAGACUCGGACAAGACUGCCCACUUUUACGUGUCCUCCCAUGGGUUGUCUCAUCAUGCUGGGUCAACGUCCGGAUUGCCACUGCUUGAGGCGACCCGUCGUCUGGCUAACCGCGACGAUGAUGAACCGAAGGAGAAGAGGACCGAACCGGACUGGCAGUGGCUGCAGGAUCUCCUUCACGAUGGGCCACCAGCCCCUCGGCCUGGCGAUGACAAUGGCAGCUCAGCAGAGUACUUUCCGGGACGUAAUGUCGCUCGACCUCAAUCCUCUGAACUUCUCAUGUCCAGUAUCGCGGGCACAAGUGAGCACCAACAACACCAAACGUGUGCUAAUGAGCCAGUUCCACCCGACCUCAUGAGCGACCUAUUGCGCAUCUUUUUCACAACGAUUCAUCCAUUGUGGCCCAUUCUGCACAUCCCCACUUUCUUUUCAGAUCUCAAUCGAUGGAACGACCACGCGUUUGCCGCACUGGUCGUGUCCAUGUGCAUGCUGGCGUCGAGGUACACAAACGACCUUCGGGUUCGGUCAGACCCAAACAACCCGGCCUCCUCAGGUCUCAGGUACUAUGAGCUCUUCAACCGCUUGCUUGACCGAGCAAUCACGUCCGACAAUGUCAUCUUCGCUAUCCAGAGUAGAUUCUUCGCUUCCAUCUUCCAGAGUGUCGACAAUGUUCCUCACCCGGUUGCCCAAGGCCUGUUUGCCGAAGCUCUUUCAAGAACACUUGAUGGUGGCCUCCAAAGAACGGUUUCGUCGUCGGUCAUGGGCAACUCUAUCCUCCGCGAAAUCCGAUCGCGUACCGCAUGGGCAGUGUACGUGUGGGACAAACAAAUUUCGGCCUUUUGCGGAAGGCCACAUCUCAUGCAGAUGUGGGACAUGGAUGUUCGACUACCUGAACCGUUUGACAACGAUGACACUCUGUCUUCGCCUCGCCACAACAUUGACGACAACGAUGCCGCCCACGUUGAGACUUUCCGACAACUCAUUCAGGUGUCGGCUGUACUGGAGAGUGCUUUCCGUGCCUCGUCUCAUCGACCCAUCGUUCCUAAUUGCGACUUUAUGAACGAAGUUUCACGCGGGACGCGCCCGGAUGACGACGAUGCGGAACGGCUGGAGAAGACUAUGGCUUCUGUGAACAAAUGGAGGAGAAACGCGCCACCCGAAAUUGCUGAACCAGUACCCAAAACGCGUUCCAUGAUGCGGGGUUACUCGGUUCCGACCGAGCAAGUGGCUUCCGUUGACCAGAUGGUCCAGUUGUUGGUCGCUGCUCGCUACCUUCAGCUCGAAACCUUGAAUCCGGAGCCCCAGGCAGAGCGGCUUGAGAGCUAUCGAGCCAUGCUCAUUACGUCUGCUCGGGACUUGGUCUCCCUCGUGGUUCAGCUGGGUGCAACCUAUCACCUUGCACGCUGUGACAUUUUGGUUGGUUACCGUCUCCUCUUCACCGGACGACUCCUCCUUGCAUGUGUCCUCUCAGCGCGUACUGCAGGAAACGAUGUCCAAGCUGAAGAAGCGACCAAAAUCCUGCAUGCGGCAUCCGCGAUUCUGCGCCACUUUGUUACCGUGUUCCCGGUCGCUCUGGGCUCGGCAGAGGUUCUCGACGAGACGACACGCGUAUGCCGGGUGUCACGACCCGAGUCGCGUAGCCCUCCGCCCCCAGUACAGCGAUUUGCAUGGUACCGUCCGAUUGCUCAUCAGAGCAGCAAAAAGCGUGGACGUGACGAACGAAGCCCAAGUCCUCCCGUGACCAUGAUGGCACAGAGUUCCACUCGGAGUACUCAGCCCUCUGUAACGAUUCCUUUGACGGAGCUGUCGCCCAUCGACGCUACAUUCUUUCGUGAGGCUAAUGCCCCAACGCUCUCGCUCUUCAAUUCAUUGGAUAACUUUGGGGGAGAAUCGGACUUCUCAUGGCUUUUGCCCGGUGCAACGGGAGACAUCAACCUACCGUACUUUGAUGUUUCUCAUUAG